AUGGAUACCUAUUCUGGAGUUGUGACCGAGCUCAAGAAGUUUGAAAGUCAUCAGGAAUUCUGUUUGAUAAUUGUGGGGUACACUUUCAAGACUUCAUUGAUCUAUUGUGGCAUCUACAAUUCUCUCAGUGGGUGGUGGACCAACCCUUCUCCGCCAUGGUACAAGGUCAACGUCGAUGGAGCAAUUUUUGAGGCCCAACAUGCAACGAGUGUGGGGGUCAUCUUCAGAGACCAUGGUGGCCUGGUAGUAGCAGCCUUGAGCAAGAAGGUGUUCUGCCCUUUGGGUCCUUUAGAAGCUGAGGCUAAAGCUCUGGAGGAAGCUGUGGACUUCGCUUGGGAUGUUGGUAUAAGGGAUGCUCAUUUUGAAUGUGAUUCAAAAAUGAUCGUAGAUGCUGUGCUCUGUACUAUCUGUCCUCAAGCAUCCAUCUAUAACAUCAUUACAUGCAUUGGUCAGAAGGUACAGGCAUUCAGGUCUUUCCAGUUUUCACACAUUAAGCGAACAGGGAACCGGCCAGCUCACAUAUUGGCUCAACAUGCCAAGAAUAUUGACAAUUAUGUAACUUGGAUAGAGGAAAAUCCAGACUUUAUUGAGUCCGCUUUGACUCAAGAUGUACUGCUUUUAUCUUCUUCUUAA